AUGUCUCUCGCUACUCUUGACGUACAAAACCCAAUCCCUUCACUUGCAAUUGCCCAGCAUAUCGGCCGUAACGAGGUCGCUACCGCCGCCAUCUUCUAUGGCCAGGCUAAAGCCUCUCCCGAGGACAUCGAGAAGCUUUCGUCUCUCCUCGACAUCGACCAUGAGACCCUAAAAGCACAGCUCUCCGGCUUCCCCGACCGCGGCCGUUCGGUUGAGAUGCCGCCAAAGGAGCCUCUCAUCUACCGUCUUUACGAAAUCGUGCAGAACUACGGGUAUGCGUAUAAGGCGGUACUGAAUGAGAAGUUUGGCGAUGGAAUCAUGAGUGCGAUCUCGUUUUCGACUAAGGUUGAGAAGGAAACAGAUGAGCAGGGGAACAACUGGGCAGUUAUCACUUUGAGGGGUAAGUGGUUGCCUUUUUCGAGGUUUUAGCUGGAGAAAUGAA